CCCCUUCGUAUCGUAAAGAGGAAAAUGGGAAAAAAAUGCAAAUGGCGGUCGUUGUUAUUGUUCGCUGUUAACAAACCAGCUCGAUUUUCGGUAAAUUGUACACUUUUCGCUGCAGUAAACGGCCGGAAAAUAGCGUGCGAUGUUAGUUUCGAGUGUCGCGAGCGUUUUUGUUGUGUUGGUUGUGUGAAAUUGGAUUGGUAAAGUGGACUUUUUCACGAUAGAAAAUUGUUUCACCCUCGACGGCUCCUCGGCGGAGCAAAAAGGCUCAAAUGGGAUGGUGAUUUUCGUAACCUGAAAGCAACGGGGCUACUUCCAAAAGUGUGAAAAGUGUCCAUGAAAAGUUCGUGUUCGAAAGUGUGUUCGUGUGAAAACAGCAGGGAGGAAAAAGAAGAUGCUUGUGAGAUGGCAAAGAAAAGCAUAGUUCGAUUGGAGAAAAAAUAAUUCUGAUCGACGAUGUCUGCCCAAUGAUAUUGUAAGGAAAAUCGGGUUGCAAAAGACCUCCUCCGGCUAGAUAUGAAAUUUGUUUUAUGUGAAACAUUUGUGACAGCAUUCAAUCGCAAGCAAAAAGGCCCUCCCAUAAAAAUAUUCUCAUCAUCAUAAUCAUUGCCGUCGUCAAAAUCAAAAUGGCUGCUAUUGCCUUCAGUGGCAGUCUUCGUUGCCGUUUUGCUGCUGCUGCUGUUGAUGCUGAUGAUGGUUGCAAGAUUCUCACUAAUCGCGGCUCUCCGCUCGCGGUUCACUGCUGGAUUUGAUUAGCGAUGUGUGCGUGUGAGAAAUAGUGACAAUCGGAGAGUGUGUUGGUGCUGAGAGGUGGCUGAUAUCUGCAAAACACACGCAUACCGUCAUCUUGCGUCACGACGAAAACAGACUACUCGCUUUUUUGGGGAUCGUUCUUUCGAAAGGGCUAAACCGCCGAACAAACGUAUGGAGAUGUAAACACAACAAUAUGCAUUUUUUUGUGUGAUUUCACCGGAAGCCACACGGUGCAUUCGUCGCCUCCGAGCUGUAGAUGCUGCAUUACACGCGGCACUUAAGAGAAUGGCGGCCGAUAGCGACGGUGAUCAACAGAGCAGUUCCAACAACAUCAGCAGCACGCUAAAGGCGGUUGUCAUUUGCGAGGGAAACCUCCAUGAUCCCGAUUUUCAGUCGCGAUUAGACUGUCUGGUCGCGAAACUUACCUCGCUGGUCGAUGAACCAGCGGACAACGGAAAGCUUAAAGUGGACAAGGUGGAGCCAUGGAACAGCGUGCGUGUCACUUUGUCCAUUCCCAAGGAAGCAGCUGUAAAGCUACGAAAGCUUGCUGCCGAAGGGAACAGUGCACUGCGAGCCCUCGGUAUAUUGUCUGUGCAGCUGGAAGGAGACACCGUGUUAUCACUCAGGCUUGUGGGACAAGAAAUCGUUUUGAGAACGGAUAACUCUACCACGGCGGGACCAAGUUCUGGCAGUAGUGCAUCGAGUGGCUUAGGAGAGUUGACCAGGAUACUCUCCCAGCAGCAGCAGCAGCAACAACAUACUCAGUUGCAACAGGGGCAUCAACCAUCAUUGCCACAAGAUGCUGUAGCCGGCCCUUCGAAAGCUACUCCUCCCAUGCAGCCAAAACCAAUCGCCUCAGUUGCCACCACGACGGCUACGAUGGUAAAUGGUCCUCUAGCAGCGGAAGGCACCGUCUUCAAGUCCCCGAACACAAUAUGUCCGAUGGACGGCAAGCUCCCUGCACACGUGCCAAAUGUGGUGGAAAGCAAUGAAUAUCCUUUCGAAAGCAUGACGCAAGCCAGGGUCAUUCAGCGAAGAGAAAACACCCUCGGGAUGGGCCCCACAGCGGGUCCGAGUGGGACCGUUAAAUCAUCGUUGUUGCCCGGUGGAAGUCAUUUCGUGGCACCAAAUCCGCCGCCUCCACCUCCUCCACCAUCGUACCAAACGGCAAUAGCCACGGUUAAGAGUGGACCAUCUACAGGAUCGGUCGGAACCACAGGAACGGUUGGAAACGUAGCAAUGACUAGUCCUUUGUUGGUGAAUUUGCUCCAAAAUGAAAGCGCUAUCUCGCAAAUAGCUGCGGCUGGAGCACCAAAGCCAGCCCCGAUCGUGAAACAAGAACUAAUAGCGACCAGUGGGAAGGGUUCAAGUACGAUGAAAGCCUCCGGCGUAACAGGAAUUGCGUCAAAUUCUACUGUAGUGAAUGCUAUUAACGAUAAUGAACACAGUGUGAAUGAUAGUGGUCACCAGAAAACGUCGUGUAUUGUGACAAACAAUAAUAAUCCAGUGAAUCCAGUGAGCGCAAACAGUGGUUGCGCCACAAUAACAGUGGCACAGACGAUAUCUACUACUGUGACCUCAAAUAGUGUCGUGAAUCCCCAACAGACAAUAUUAGUGAACAAUAGCAACACUGGUGUUAUGCCGAUGACGACCGGAGCAGUUGUAACCGGACCAACGAUCAGUGCUAAUGCUAAUCUUAGCAUUACAACAAACAGUAGUAACAUAAACAAUACCGCUAGUAACAAUCAGAAUGUUUUAAAUGUGUCGCCUUCUCUAGUAACUCCACCAAUGUCAGUGCCUUCUUCACAUAAAAAUGUUAGUGUACAACAACAGCAGCAGCAACAGCAACAACAACCAAGAUUUAAUCUCGGCCCCAGUGGGGCUACCGUAGUAAGGCCUUCCACUCAGCAACCCGUAAGACCGCAGUUGGCCGGAGCUGGAAUUGUGCAUCAGCAGCAAGAACUGCAUAGACCACCCCCUCCAUCGCAACCACAGCAAACGCAUUCCCAGUUAAGCUUAAGUCGGUUUCCAAUCCAACAGCAAAACGUUUCCUUCAGGCAGCCAUCAGCACCUCAGACAUCGCAACAACAGCCAUUCAAUCCUCGCUGGACUGCACCUGCGCACUCCAUGGAUUCUGCCACCAAUUCCAGCUACCAGGAAUUCACCCGGUAUCAGAUGCAAUACAACCUAAGUCAGCAACAAUUGGUCAAACAUCCCCAAUCCGGUGCAACUGGUGGUGACCUACUGGGACUUCCCGAUCUACCCGAUUUGGGGAAGAACGAUCUGGAUUCAUUACUACCAACGUUAAACUCUGCCGAUCUGGAGGGUGCUCUUCUAGAUGGGCUGGACCUUGAUCUCGAGCAACCUCUUACUUCAGCCGGAACGCUUGCAAAGACCGAACGAAGGUGGAAGCAACAGUUUCUCAUCAAUCCACUGACCGGUGAUCUUGAGGAAACACAAGUUGAGGAAACUGAAGAGAACGACGAGGACGCGAUGAAAAAUUUCCCGGAAUUCCAUUCGGAAAUGUCGAACUCGUUGUAUUCUGACGAUGAUACUUCGUGUAGUACGGGCUUUUCGAAAUUCACAUCUGACGUCAGCGACACGGAACGAUCAAACACGAUGGAUGGAGCUUCUUCUAGUGUGAUUACUAACCCAACGUCUGGAGUGAUAAGCGCAUCGUUGGGGAAGUUAGGAAAACCGGUCAAGUUGAAGAAGGAUAAGCUUAAGGACGGAACGAAAAGUUCCGUUAAAAACAAGGAGAAGAAGCCCCGGGAGAAGAAAUCGUCCUCCUUAAAGCAAGUCAAGACGAAAGCGAAAAUCGUUGCCUCUGAGAGCGGAGGUGAAUCUCCCGGUAGUCAAGAAAAAAUCAAACUUAGACUGAAACUUGAAAAGUCAGAAGCUAUCAGUGUAAGUUUGGUGCAUUCUAAUCCGAUGAUCAGCGGUGUCGGAAGCAGUGGUUUGACCAGUAGUAAAAAAGUGCAAUCAUCACAAGUGCUAGGAGGGACUCCCGGAACGCUUAGCGGAAUGGGAAGUGUUUCCAAUCCAACGGGGGUAAAUAUUGGUUCGACGUUAUUGCAAACGUCAUUGUCAUCGAGUUCGCUCUCUUCUUCCUCAUCGUCCGUACCUGUUGGCAGUGUUACGCCACAACCAUUGCAUCAUUCACUGUCCCAGCCAGCUCUCGGCAGUAGUUUUGCCGGUACAAAUAACAGUGCCGGUAUCAGCAGCGGUAGUAGUCCAAACCUGCAAACGCAAUCUCCCGCUGGCGAGGAGCUUCGAGUACCCCCUUUACACAUUAGUUUACGAGGAAAAAACUCUGUGGUGAUCAAGAACUCGAAAAAGGAUCGGAAAAAGAGUCAAAGUGGGGGUGAGGAGGACAGUGAUGGAAACAAUUUCCAGCUCAGUAGGAAAAGCUCGAUAAAGCGGAGUAGCCAUUCCACGGAUAGUCGUCUAACGGUAGUAAUGACAAGUGAUGCCAGCAUACGAUUGAAACUCGAUGAAUCUGCGUCAUCUAUCGUGUCCGGACCUUCUUCAAUGCCAUCCUCACCGAAUCAUCACAACCACAAUAGUAUUGGAAACAGUGGAAAUAGUAGUGCAGUAUCUACACUCGCUGCUGUGGCCGGUCUCAAAGUAAAAUCGAAUAAACCAGAAGAUCUGAAUCAAUCAUUGACACCCAAUGAGCUCUUGAGCUCCGAUCAUCAUCAUAAACGAUCAGCACCGGACUUAGUUUUGAGCCCCAACGGCAUGAUGUGUCCUGAGAAGAAGCGUCGACUCAGCACCGGUCCCAAUGCAAACCAACAGCAUAAUGAAGAGUCGAGUAUGAGUGCAAGUCACAGUAGUAGUAAUGCAGCCACCAGUAUAAAUGAAAUCAAUGAAAUCUACGAGACACUGAUCUCCUCCACUGCAAGUGGACCUAUCGGAUCGACAAAUGUUGGCACGUUGCCUCAUUCGUCUCUGUUAGCAGCGGCAACAUCGUCAGCAAAAAACUUGAAGAGCUCCAGCACGAACAACAGUAUCAACAACAGCGCGUUUGGCAAAUGCAUUAGCAACAAUAAGAACACAGUAAAGCCAGCGCAGUCGAGCCCUACGACGUCGUCCGUGUCAUCGCCUGGAGCUCUGGCAGCUGCAUCAAAUACUAAGAGCUCGACGCAGUCCUCAAAACAGCCAUCGUCAUCCCCUUCGGCGGAAACAGCGAAAAGUGGUAAACCACCGGGGAAAAGCGAUUCCGAUGUUGCCACUGGGGAUACAGAUGGGAAGGACAAUGAAAGUAAUAAGACAAACAGCAAUACCGCAACUACUACCUCAGGUACAGAAGUGUCCAUCAAUCAGCGAAUAAACAACACCCAUCUGCAUCAUCACAAUCGUCCGCCGGAAAAAGCUGGUGAUUCUCCUGCAAUUUCCUUAGAACAAUCCCUCAAUCAGCAGCAACCUCCAACAAUAGCAAGUGCCAGUGGGCAUCUUUUGACGCAAGGAGUACGCGGAUCUCCGGGAUCUCAAGCACAAGGCGAAGACAGUGGCAUAGAAUCCAUGGAUGCUUUAUCGGAGAAAAGUCCUCAUCAACUGUCGCACAGUCCACAGGGAAAUGAACCGAAUAAGCUGCUGCGAAUGGAUAGUCCUAAGGACAAGUCACUACCUGUAGUAGAAUCAAAAGAAUCAUCAAAACAUGACUCAAGCGGGAAUAACAACAAUAAUAGUCACACUAAUUUGGACGAAUACAUCCAAAUUGAAGCAGAAUUAGCUAAGAUGGAAGGCAUGAACGACAUUGCAAUUACUGAAAGAACAGCUAAGCUGAAUGGAGAUCAUACGACACUGAUGAAACCCAAGCAGCAGGAGCUGGACCUUCUAGGUCAUGCCGCGCUACUGAAAUAUGAUGGUGCGAAUCUUAGCAAAAUUUUGGAUGACAUAGACGACGAUGAGCUUGUUAUGUCUGAUGAUGCUGCUGUAAAGGGGAAAAGUAUCGAAGUGUCUUCCAGUGAAAAUUCAACCCCCAUGCAGCAGGAUUCGAAGACGAGUGUGGUCAAAGGAGAAGAGGCAGAAGACUGGCUUGCGGAUACGGGAAAUAAGCAACAGCAGCAGCAGCAACAACAACAAAAAGGGGAAGCAAAUGUUAUACUCACUAGUAAUAGUAACAAUAAUCUGACGGAUAAGACCGAGAUCAAGCUGGAUACCACGCAACUCGUGUUGGAGGAUUGUUGUAGCAAUAAAGAGGUGUUAAGUUUAAAAAGCGAAUGUGAUAGUAAAAUAGUUGAAUGUAAAGCUGUAAUUAAAAAUGAUCCUGAGGAGGCUAUCGUUAGUAAUAUAAAGGAAGAACAAAGCUGUAAUAAAAACAGCACUAAUCAUAGCAGUAAUGAUAGCAGUAGUAGCAAUUCCAUGAAAUCAAAACCAGUGAUUACGCCGGAAGCGGAUGAGAAACCUAAACCGGUGGAAGUAGCUGCACCCAUAGUAAAGAAAGAAGUCGUUGCAGAUGGUGCAGCUGCUGUUGUCGAGCCAAAGCCACGACAUGAGCAACCUCCUCUCUACAGCUAUUCUAGUGAAAAAGCUCGUGAGCGACGAUCAGCUGCUAAUUGCACUACUUCCAAUCAAUCACCCGCGCCGGUUGUUGAGAUAAUAGAUUUGGAUGAUUCUGGUAAAUCUGCUGAACUUGAAGCUCCGCAUGAACCCGAUCAACCUCAACAGCAGCAACAACAAAACAAAGAGAUUCAUUCACCGUUGUCAAUCGAUAUACCUUUGCAUCCGGAUUCGGCUGAACAUCGAAUAAGGACGCGAGCUUCGAGUAAACUUGAAAGUCCCCUGGAGCCACCUAGGCAAAGUCCAUCUAUCGAUUCACCUGCUGCUGAGAGACUAAAAAACACCUUGAAACAAGCCACGAUUGUCUCGAAUACGCCAACACCAACAGCUGCCGCCAGCGGAGAUCGGUUAAGUCCGAAAACCCUGCCAAAAACUGGUAAAAGGAAACGUCAAGGAUCAGAAAGCUCAACACAGUCCUGCGUCAGUGAUGACAUUCUUCCGAGUCGAACAAAGAAGCCCAGAAAAGCUGCAGCUGCAGCGGUCGCCGUUACGGAAAGGCAGAAGAAAAAUGUUGCAGUUCGUAGUGCACAACAAAGAAGAACCGCAACGGAAACGCCUCCGACGCCGAAUACACAGGCUACACCGGCUACUGUUGCAGCGGUUGAAGAUUCUUCGGACAGCGAUGAGCCAUUGAUAGAAAUUGCGGGUAAAUUUCGAAAUUCUAAACUAACUAAAACAAGUUCUUCUUCUACUACCACUUCUCCUACCACUUGUACUACUACUUCGACUACAACAACAUCAUCAACCUACUCCUCAUCCUCCCCUACAACAGGUGCCAGUUCGGGAUCUUCGUCUACGGCAGCCUCAGGGUCGUUAGAUAAAGAAAAAGUACUUCGCAACCAUAAGGCGUCGGCCGGAUUGAAAACAGGUGGCACUUCGCAAAACAAUUCAUCGCCAGCUUCACACAAUAGCGGUGGUUCGAGUAGUUCGACGAACUCUCAUAAAUCUAACGCUCAUUCCAGUAGAUCUGCUGCCGCCCAUAAUGCACCUGCGGUACCCUCGAGUACAAACGCAUCAGCAGCAACAUCGUCCGACGAGAAAAUUAGUACUCGAAGAAGUAAUCGCAUGACUACGUCAACUCUUUCGACCGCCGCUAUGAACAGCAAAGCGAAAGCCAAUGCUACGCAUAAUACUUCGGCAGCAGCGAGUGGCAAUGCAGAGAACCAUCGAGACUCGACUCACUAUCAGAAUGCAGUAGGUCACCAUAAAAACAAUCACGCGAACCAUCAGCACACGUCGGCUGGUAGCGGUUCCAAAGGGAUUGCCAUCGCUGCUGAUGGCAAGGGCACUGGUUCGGGUGCUAGUGGUUCCACAACGACUAUGAACGAUGCAUCGUCUACCCCAGUGUCGGAAGUGAGGCGGAAAACGAGAAGUGCCGGUUUAGAAACCAUCACCGAAGGCCGCCGAAGAAGGGUGUCCCGCGACAGUAAGUGACCAAUCGCUUGCGCCUCAGCCGAGAGUAACUGCAACGAAACCGUGCCAGGCGGUCGUCGUCGCAGCAUUCGUCAGCUGUACGAUUCACACCAGCGGCAGAAACGCCGUUUCCUCUAUUCGCACUUUUUCGAACAAUCCGACGACGAGCUUGAUGGCGAAGACAAUAGCAGUAGUGAGCUCGAAGAGCACAAUAACAACCUUGUCGUCGAUGUCAUUGGCGGCGAGAGCGAUAUUGUAGAGGACGAAAACAGCAAGGAGUCAAGUAUCUGUGACGAUCCGUUAUUCAGUGAAGAGGUGGACCCUCUAUCUACCAGCGGUUCGGAACAGGUGCUAAUCGGUACAGCAGAAGACGUUAGCAGCAAUGGCAGAAGGGCGGUAGUUGAGGCGCAGUUCAACGGAAGAACAACCCGAUCUAAGCACAGUGCAACGACUGGUGGCGCUGACGAAGAAGAUAAGGAUUCUUAUGCUAGCGAAAUCAUUCUCACGACCAACAGUGAUUGCAGCUUGGAUGAGUUUGUAUCGUCGGAUGACGACAGCAAUCUGGAGAUAUCUGUGGUAACUAUUUCUCUCUACUGAUGAUAACGGGAACAGUUUAAUGGUUUUAUUUAUAAACAUAGCGACUAACUGGGUGGCUGCUCUACAGAGCAUUGUCAUCCGGUUUAAAUUUUUCGUUUUUAUUAUUUUAAGACGAAAGUAACCAAAAACUUUUCAAAAGUAUGUAAACAAAUUUUUGAUGCAAUUAUGAAAUUCAGUUUCAACAAUGAUGCCGUAUUGUGUGGUACUAUUAUACAAACGUAUAGUUUUUAUUUUUGCGAAAAAUAUAUUUAUUUCAGUAUUGUCUGUUCGUUUCAUUUCGGAAUCUGUUUUACAAGGUUUCCAAUUUUUCUGAUUGUUUUGUAUUGUUCAUUAAAUAGAGACAUGUGAUUUGAACUGUUCAUUUUAUCGCUGCAGAAGAAAUAUUUAUCACGAUAAACAACAAUCAACAGAUGCUAAUGUAUAUAUUCUGUAAAAAGUAGCUGCGUUAGAAAGCAAUGGACUUAAGGAGUCAAGUUGGAACAGUUUUGAGGCCAAUGAAGUUUAACUGUGUAAAUCGGUUGAUACACAACGAAGGAAGUGUCAUAUUGGCUAUGGUUUGUGUUUGUUAUGUUUCCUGAGUUCACAGAUUUUCGAAAUCUGAAGUAAUAAUAGUAAUCUCAAGUUCAUGCCCAUGAUUUAAGAUGCUCACUCUCUGCACUUGUCAACAUUUUUUUCUGCGUGGCAUCACAUCUCAACUAGGACAGAGCCUGCAUCUUGGUUUGGUCUUCUAUUUCUGGAAAAAGAUGACUUAAAACAAAAAUACCAUUUUUAUAAUCAUUACAACAUAUUGAAUAAUGGACACAGAUGGCAUAACUUAGAAUUUAUUGUUGUUCAUAGACGGCUUUAGAUAAAAAUUGAUUUUCUUUCUGAAUUUUCAUUAAUUUGCUGCGGACAAUUUCUUAAAAGUAUGGUAAGAUAAAUACCGAGAUUCUGUAUCGAAAUUUAUCGAAUUCUCAGCUGCUGUUUUCUCGGCAAUGCAUCUCGUUGCAAUCGGUGCAGAAAUUUAAAUGUGAGCUAUUUAAAAUUUAAAAUCAUCUAUAUUUAUUGUCCAUGUUUCAUAAAAAAAGUUAAAUACAAACCAUAGUUAAAGUCAUUGAUUUCAAUCGUUUACAAUUGGUUAAUGAUUCAUUUGAAUAUUGUAAAUUCACACGAAUCUCUAAAACCGCGGCAGAUAACAAGUGGACCUCAAUAUCGAAAAGCAAACAUGUUCGAAGACUUCUUCUGUAUAUAGAAAAACAACAAGACACAAAUAAAUGUUGAAGCCAUAGAACAUAAGUUGGACAGAAGGUAUGUUUCGUUAAAAGAUUCAGGGAUUCGUCUCAGUAGCGUUACGUGUUCAUCUUCAUCUAAAUAGGUUCCCAUUAAAUCCACGAACUUACUCAACAUUCAAGCACACCAUCAAUCAAGCAUCUCAUUUCCUGUUUAUCGAACGUUAUAUGUACGAUGUUAGCGAAAUGAGUGUAUGUAUUGCUUUGCACCAUUUCCCAACAUGUUAGACAUGUCUGGAAAGUUAAGCUGUAUGUACAAAAACUAUAGUAAUGACACUAACUCGUACAUUUACGUUCAUUGAAACCACGCAAGAAAAGGGUGUUAGAUCAUCUUUAAGCGUAACCUGACACAUACACACAUGCAGUGACAUAAGAGUUUAGUUUAGUAUGCAGUAAUUGAACAACUCACUGAAAGUUAAUUCAAACAAUGCUCUGUAUUUACUGAUCGUGUAUCUAUUUCUUAUAAUUAUAGAAUACAAAGCAAACGCUAAGAAUCAGAAGUAAAUUAUUGAAUAAAUUAAUACUACAAAUUAAAUUUAUUAAGAUCGAAAUAUCAUUAAAUACGUUAUAAACAUAUUGCAUCUGUCGUGAAAUCGGAGAUGGAUGUGACAGGAAAACAUAAAUAAAGAAAUCUAUUUUUAAGACUACACGAAAAACAACAAAAAGUUUCAACGCAACUGAAAUAAAAAUAUUUAUAAAUAUUCAAUUUAAUUUAAUUGCUUACAAAAACAAACACAUUUGUAAAACUGUGAGAAAUAUAUUUGCUUCCCAGAACGCUGCUGCUGAAAAGUGUUUAAGCAAAGCAUUAUUUGUACAUUAUUCACGUGUAAACCUAAUAUUCUAGCGUAAUUCACAUCUCUUAAUCACGAACUUACACAGAUACACGAGUCGCCCCCAAAAAAUCCUACGCACAUACACUCACUCAUAACACAAUCAAACACCAAUCAUUACGUUCACCUUCUCUCUCGUCGGUUCACGAGUAUGUAUAUGCAUUCAUUCCUUUUUUCUUGUACUUGAACAUAUUUGGAAAGAGCGGAAUACUUCUUCAUCCUUUCUGUUCGUUGCUUUCUGUCUUUGUUCUUUCUUAAAGAGAGUCCAACAUUGUAAAUCUUUCCUCUUAUGUAAGAAUAUAUAAUUGCCAGGAAGUAAAAUAAUAUAAGAUUCACGAAGCAAAACAUAACAUUCAAAACACACGCAGAAGUGAGAACAGAAUGCAAAUGAGAAUACACGAUGAAAAUAGCGUAAAUUAUUCAGAUAAGUGUAUGCCGUAGUGGAGAAAUGAAAUGUGCAAACUGAUAUGCAUACAUUUGCGACACAAAAACAUACAGAUUAUGAAGUAUAUGAAAUGAAAAUAAAAAAACAGUAGAAGCGAUACUAUAUACAUA